AUGGCUUCAUCUUAUACAAUCAACUCGACUGCCAAGCUCAACAGUGGCUAUGAGAUACCCCGACUUGGCUUUGGCGUUUACCAAACCCCCCCUGAUGAGACAGAGGUCGCAACUCUGGAAGCACUCAAGGCCGGUUACAGACACAUUGACUCGGCCGUGCUUUACCGCAAUGAGGCCGGCGUAGGUUCCGCCAUCAAGAAGAGCGGCAUCCCUCGCUCGGAAAUCUUCUUCACAACCAAGAUCCCCCAGCUGCCCAGCAGCUUUCUCGACUACGACCAGGCCAAGGCCCAGAUCGACAAGAGUCUGCAGACCGCGGGCUUGGAGUACAUUGACCUGUACCUCAUCCACGCGCCCUACGGCGGCUCGGCCAACCGCAAAGGUGUGUGGAAGGCGCUCGUCGAGGCCGUCGACGCCGGCAAGAUUCGCAGCAUUGGCAUCAGCAACUACGGUGUGCAUCACCUGGACGAGCUGGAGCAGCACAUCAAGGAGCUCGAGACGGAGCGCGGCGGCCAGGGCAAGGGCGGCGUCAUCUCAGUCGCCCAGCAUGAAGUCCACCCGUGGUGUGCUCGCAACGACAUUGCUGAGUGGUGCGCCAAGCGCAACAUUGUCUUUGAGGCGUACUGCCCCGUCGUCCGAGGCAAGCGAUUCGACGAGCCGAGUGUCGUAAAGUUGGCUCAAAAGUACGGCAAGACGCCAGCACAGAUUCUGAUCCGCUGGAGCUUGCAAAAGGGCUACGUUCCUCUGCCCAAGAGUGUCACGCCCAGUCGCAUCGUGGAGAAUGCCGAGAUUUAUGACUUUGAACUCACUCAGGCCGAGGUAGAUGAGCUCGAGUCGACUGAAUAUGCUCCUAUCGCUUGGGAUCCGACAAAGAUUGGUUUGAACUAG